AUGAUCUCAGGCCUUCCGUUAUGCCGAUGCGGCAUAAGUGAAACCCAUGUCCCUCAAGACUCGGUCGGGUAUAAAUACCCUACAUCCAGAAUGAGACCCUCCACGAGCUGGACUCGUAAGUACGAGUCAGUCGGGUACUGUAUAUUGCAUAUUACACGUCUCGGGAAGAAUCUCACCUUGUCGGCCGAUCCUUCAAUGAAAAUGCACUCCUUGAGCAAGUUUUCAUCAGUGCUCUUGAUAUUUACAUCAUCGCUAGCGUUGCCCAUCGGCUCAUGUAACGGGCUUGAGAAGAGGGCCGUCGAUACUCAUGAACGGUCGAUCUUGCAGCCACAAGUUGACAUUGACAAGCGGUUCUUUAUGGACUUUUCGAAAUGGUUGAAGUCGUUCGAGUUCCUUGAGCCUGGCAGCGUAAUGACCAUGGACGCAUUGGAGCCUAAAACGAAGCAUAUAGAACCAUCAGCCUCGCCUCCGCAGAGGGCUGAACCAAUAUUCCUCUGUUGCAGUGAUUUUCAUGACAGCUUCCAAACUAAAUCUUAACAAGAAACGUCGCUGGUGUACUAGUGUUUCGACCCAUGGUCUGGUCUUCUCCGCUGAACGUGCAUGUCGAAUGCUCAAUCCAACAUAAUAGAAGAAGACAGUUGUUUCAUACUGUAGACUUUUGGUCGUGGAUCAUCACACCUGAGAGACGUCCACAGCCGACUAUUUUGUGGGUGGCGAAUAGGCUUCAUGACAGUACUUACAAUAAUUCUGAGCCCCGCAA